CUGGAGAAUUGAGGUGCUACAAGCAGCCAGCUGGAGAUGAAACUGAGAUGCUGAGGCAGAGAGCAGGCAAGCAGGCUGAAAAGGAGGAGCAAUGAUCCAGAACAGUGGUGUGUAAAAUGAGGGGUGGAUAAGCAGUUUAAUUGGCUGGGUUGAGCUGCUGGUCCCGAUGCGGACAGGAUGCGUGCGCCGCAGGGACGAUCACCUUUUGAUCCCAUGGGGAAGCCUGAAUUACGUCUUGUUACCUCGUUCUCAUCGAUCAGUUCAUCGUCACUCAAUCCUCGACCUUUUGCAAAGAGCUGGUAUAGACGUGCUGGUGAGGAUUGAGAGAGCGCGACAGCAGACGACCACUUACACCCCCCAGCGAGGCUCCACCGGCGCGUUUCCCUGACAGCUCUCACCAUACCUGGGCGGGAUAGGUGAAUGAAUGACCAUGUUCAGCAACUACACCUUCGACAGCGGCAACAAAGAACAACCAACCAACAACAAUGGGGCCAUCACCUCUUCCAAUUCUUCAAUGUCAGCCACAACCGUUGAUGAAAACAAGAGAAAAAUGAUCAUCACACCUCCCAGCACGAGCACCGCCUCUUGGGAGUCUUCAUCAUCAGACUCGCUUGAGAAGGGCGGGGGGGAGGAGGAGUGUGACGAAGAUGACCCCUUCGAAAGGGGUAGGGGGAAAUACAACCGGAGUCGAAGACAGGAUGUUGACGACGGUGAGGAGCAAUCACCCAUGACAGUAAAGAGGAAACCCAACCCAAGAAAGGAACUCAGCUUCACUGCCGAGGAGGAGAGGGCUGUAGUAAGAAAAUUUGACAAGAAGGUGGUGGUUCUCAUGGCGGUGUUGUACAUGCUUGCGUUUCUAGAUCGGUCGAACAUUGGCAACGCAAGAAUAGCCAACAUGGACAACGACCUCCAGUCUAACCCGCCAAACCCGCAGUUUUAUUCCCAUGCCCUCUCGUCGUUUUAUCUUGCGUAUCUCCUGUUUGAGUGGAUGGCUAUUCUUUGGAGACUAAUACCGGCGCAUAUCUACGUCUCGGUGUUGGUAGCCUCGUGGGGAGUGGUGGCUUGCCUGCAGGGGAUAGCGACGAGCUACCCUGUGCUCAUCGUCUUGAGGUUCUUGCUCGGGAUCGGGGAGGCGGGCUUCACCGGGGUGCCGUUUUAUUUGAGUUUUUUCUUCAAGAGGGAGGAACUGGCUUUGAGAACGGCGAUUUUCAUCUCUGCCGCCCCCCUAGCAACCUCCUUCUCCUCCACCCUCGCCUUCGCGAUCACCUCCCUCUCCUCCCUCAUCCCCCUCGCCCCCUGGCGCCUACUCUUCCUCCUCGAAGGCCUCCCCUGCAUCCUCAUCGCCCCGCUCGCCUACUCCCUCCUCCCCUCCACCCCCUCCACCGCCCCCUUCCUCACCCCCCGCCAGAAGAAAAUCGCCCGUUUCCGCCUCCCUUCCCCAUCCCCCCCUUCCACCUCCUCCAGCCUAACCGCCCUGCGCGACCCGAUAGCAUGGACAACCUCCCUGAUAAUCCUCCUCACAAACCUAGCCUACUCCUCCCUCCCAGCCUUUUUACCAACGAUCCUAACCUCAAUGGGCCACACCCCCCUCUCCUCCCAAGCCCUCUCCGCACCUCCCUACCUCUUAUCAUUCCUCGCAGUCCUGAUAACAGCAUACCUAUCAGACCUCUAUCGCACCCGCGGCCCCUUCCUCGUCUUCCACGCUUGUUUCUCCUGUGCCGGGUACCUCCUCCUAUCCCUCUCCCAAUCCUUCUCCCUCCCCCCCGGCAGCUGGGUUCGGUACUGUGCAGUCUUCCCAGCAGCAGUGGGCUUCUUCAAUGUCAUCGUCCUGACGAUAGCAUGGAACGUCAACAACCAACACGGCGACCCCAAAGCAAAGAGCGUGGGGUUCGCGCUCAUGCAAGUAGUUGGACAGCUUGGCCCGUUGGCAGCUACGAGGUUGUAUCCCGACCGCGACGGGCCGUACUACACCUUUGGGAUGGGGGUUUGUGCAGCGGCGAUGGGGAUGGUGGUGGUUUUGGCGAUGGGGUUGAGGGUGUACAUGCGGAGGGAGAACCAAAAGUGGGAGAGGGAGCAAGGGGAGAGGAGUGGGGAGGAGGGGGUUAUGUUGAUGGAUAGGGGGGGAGGAGGUGACCAGGAAAGGGGAGGAGUGGAAGAGGAGAGGGAGUUUAGGUAUAUGCUUUGAUUUUUUUGUUUUUUUUUUGGGAGGGGGGAGGGGAGGUUCGUUUGGAAGAUUUGGUUGCAAAAUUCCAUCUUUUUAAUGAUGGGUUUCUGGGUAUGGCUUGGAUGGGAAUUGGGUUCGGAAGCAUUUAUAGCACAGUUCAAAGGGCAUGCACCAAAGGGCAACCAUUUGGCAGGGCGAUUUGGAUGGACACUUUCUUCUGUUUGGAUGCUCAUGGAUGGAAAAUAGCAAGGGUUGCAUAGGAUAUUAUAAUCUAACACCUUCACCUUUCUCACA